AUGGUAACAGAGCAAGGUGACAGCCAAUCAUCCACAAUCACCUCCAAUUCAAAGUCUGCCGCCUCCUCGUCGAAGCCACGCACAAAAUCGAGGAACGGUUGUGCCACAUGCAAGAAGAAGAGACUCAAAUGUGACGAAUCAAAACCAACGUGUUUAAAUUGCAGUAAAAAGAAUAUAGUGUGUGGUGGUUAUGCAACGAAUUUCAAAUGGAAGCUGUUCAAUGAGUCAAAGCCUGCCGUCAAUGGGAAAGCUCUCGAGAAGCACUUGCAACUAGCUAGCAUUUCCGUGAUUGGUAAAAGUAUCCAGGACAUAGCCAAGGAAAGCGAUUUGAUCUCGAAGGGGUUGAAUCCUGCUGCUGGGGAGACCAGCAGUCAACAAAGGGUGCGAAUUUGUAGUGUGGGGACACCAACUUCCACUUCAACUGCUCUACCUCAAUCACAACCACAACCACAACCACAACAACAAUCGAAAUCGCGAUCGCGAUCCCACGGCGAUACGUUUCACUUCGAUGAUACGCGGAGUCUCAAUCGCAAUACCGAUACUCUACAAGAAUCAACAACGGCUUUUGAAUCUCCGAUUGAAGAAAUAGAGGCCGGUGCAAAAUCGAUUGUUUCUCCUACUUUGGAACACAUCAUGAACCCAGCGACGGCUGAAAAGGUACACUUUCCCGACUUGAGUCUUUCUCCCUCCAUAUCAGCUAUUUUGAAUUUUGCAUUGAAUCCAGAAGACAUUGAUGUCCCUUCGGUUGGUUCAUUAAGCCCGCUCACUUUGGCUAGAGCUCAUGAGCUGUCGGCAGCCACUUCUCCUAUGUGGGACUUGAACAAGUCCUUGGCAAAAACUUCAGAGCAGGAGCAGAUCCUAUACUUGUAUUCAGAGUACACUUCUGGAAUCAUGUCGAUUAAAAACGGGUUCCACGAAAACCCGUGGAGAAAUUUGUUAGUGCCGUUAGCCAUGAGAUAUGGUUGUUUAUUCAACUCGAUAGCUGCAAUGACUCUUUUCCAUUUGGCUGGCUCAAAUGGGAUUGUUGCGUCAUCGGAAGAACUACGCUCAAGGGCUCAAAAUUAUAUGAAAAGAUGUAUAUUGGAACUCGCGAGUGGGUUAUCAAAGAUGGAAAAUGGAGGAGAGGUUGAUUUUCCUGCAGAUAUCGCCUUGGCUACUUGCUUGAACUUGGCAGUGUGUGAGUCUUGGGAUGUACUGACAUCAAGUGGUAUUGCUCAUUUGAAAGGAGCAAAGACUAUGAUCAACAAGAUCUUGGCGUUGUUGAGAGAACAUCAGCACUCACUUUGUGAUCAGCUGUUACCACUGAGUGAAUCAUCAGUUUUCAACCAGGACAAGUUUUUGCAACUAAAGAGUAAGUUGGUGUUGAUUGACCAAUUUGAAUACGAAAAGAUGAUACAUGACUGUACAACCAAAAGAUCCUCGUUGGUCAUACCCAAACCUAUACAAAUAUUAUUCAACAAUUGGAUCUAUUUUCUGGUCAUUGCGCAAAUGACUACCGAUACAAAUUACGACGAAAAGGGAGUCGACUUGGUGGCCACCAUAACUUCAAUAACUCUGAAUGACAAGGCAAAAGAUGGUGUUCGCAACUCAGCAUCUCCAUCUGAGAUCAGUGAUAAUUCCGACAAGGCUUACACUUUUUUCGAAGAAUUUGACGCGUUCAACUAUGACUCUGAAAUCAUAGAUCCGUUGUUGGGAUGUGGCCAGUCACUUUUCUGUAUAAUAGGUAAAGUGGCAGCAUUGGUUUCCAAAAUACGAAGGAAAAAGGCUAGUGAGAAUUGGAAAAAACGAAAUUCUCUAACUAUCAUCAGUCAAGCGUCAGAGUUGCGUCAUCUUCUUUUGGAUUGGAAAUCAACUGUCAAUGCAAAUAUGAUCAAGAAUGAAGAAGAGAAUGGGUCCAAGUCCUGGGAUUUAUCGAGUUGCAUUGCCACUGCUGAAUCUUAUCGUUAUGCAGCGUUGCUUUUCUUGCAUCAAGCUGUACCCGAAAUCCCUUCUUUGUCAUCACAUGAACUUGCAGAAAAGAUUUUCAUUCUUUUGGCGUCAAUACCAAAAUCAUCAAACACGAGCGUGGUUCACAUCUUCCCGCUCUUGGUUGCAUCUUGCGAGGCAGAAAUUGGUGAGGAAAGAGAAUGGUGUAAAUCUAGAUGGAAGGUGUUGAUGGACAGAAUGUGGAUAGGCAAUGUUGACCGUGCUUUGGAAGUGGUUGAGGAGGUUUGGAAGAGAAAAGAUGAAUUGGCAAUGAGCUCGAGGAGUCAGAAGAGUGAAGAUACUGCUGGAACUACUCUGCAAAGCUCACGUCACAACCCUCUUGAUGGCUUGAUGUCUGUUGUCAACAAUGAAUACGCCAAUUUCAUGAACAGCUCCGAGUCGAGUGGCAUUGAGUCCAAAUUUCAUUGGAGUAGCAUCAUGAAAGAAUGGGGCUGGGAAGUGCUUUUGGGAUAA